CUCAGACAGCAUCAGUCAGCUAAGGACUAACAAAGGACAUCACCAGCAAUGGCAUUCAAGUUUUUGGCUUUCGCAGCUUUCGUCGCUGUAGCUAGGGCUGGAGUAGUCCCAACUUACGGAGGACACGGAUACGCCGCCCCCUUGGCUUACGCCGCCGGCCCGGCUUACGCUAAAGUCGCCGCCCCCGUCGCCUACGCCGCCCCUGCAGCUUACGCCGCCCCCGCCUACGCUAAAGUCGCCGCCCCCGUCGCUUAUGCCGCCAAGGCUGUCGUUGACGAAUACGACCCCCAUCCCCAGUACUCCUUCGCCUACGACGUCCAGGACGGACACACCGGUGACUUCAAAUCCCAGCACGAAAGCCGCGACGGAGACGUCGUCCACGGCAGCUACUCCCUCGUCGAACCCGACGGUUCCAAGAGGACCGUAGAAUACACCGCUGACCCCCACAACGGAUUCAACGCCGUCGUCCACAAAGAAGCCGGAGCCCACCCUGUCGCUAAAGUCGUCGCCGCCCCUGCCUACGCCAAGGUUGCCGCUCCCGUCGCCUACGCCGCCGCCCCAGCAUACGCCACUCAUGCCUACGCCGCCCCUGCCUAUGCCAAAGUCGCCGCUCCCGUCGCUUACGCCGCCGCCCCCGCAUACGCUAAAGUCGCCGCCCCCGUAGCGUACGCCUCCCCCGCCUACGGAUACCACCACUAAGACUUAACGACGCCAAAGUCGAUUCGUUCAUCAUUCAUUUUUGUAUUAUAAUUCAAAAUACACCAUCUUCCUAAUUUA